AUGGCCUGGACCCAUCUCCUGCUCCCCCUCCUCACUCUCUGCACAGGUUCUGUGGCCUCUUCUCAGCUGACUCAGCCACCUGCGGUGUCCGUGUCCUUACGACAGACGGCCAGGAUCACCUGCCAGGGAGACAACUUAGGAAGCUAUUAUGCUAGCUGGUACCAGCAGAAGCCAGGCCAGGCCCCUGUGCUGGUCAUUUAUAGGAAUAGCAACCGGGCCUCAGGGAUCCCUGACCGAUUCUCUGGCUCCAAAUCAGGCAACACAGCCACGCUGACCAUCAGCGGGGCCCAGGCCGAGGACGAGGCUGACUAUUACUGUGCAUCAGCUGACAGCAGUGGUUAUCCUCACAGUGACACAGGCAGACGAGGAAGUCUCUGUGCUGUGCCUGUGCUGACCCAGACCCCGUCUGCAUCUUCUCCCCUUGGAAGCUCGGCCAAGCUCACCAGCACCCUGAGCAGUGAGCACACCACGUACUACAUUGCGUGGUAUCAACAGAGAGUAGGGCAGGCCCCUAGGUAUCUGAUGAAGCUGACCAGUGACGGAAGCGUCACCAAGGGGGAUUGGAUCCCCGACUGCUUCUCAGUCUCCAGCUCUGGGGCUGACCGCUACCUGACCAUCGCCAACAUCCAGUCUGAGGACGAGACUGAGUAUAUCUGUGGUGUCAACUAUAAAUCUGGUGGCCAAUAUGGAUACCACAGUGACACAGACAAAGAGGAAGACGUUCUAGGGACCGGCCAGCACAAUGUCCGCUGGGACAGCAGCAGGGAUGGGGAAUGGGGAUGCUGA